GGCGGUCUCAAGCAAAAGGGUAUCACCACCUACAGUUUGAGCUCUAACCGACAGAACCCAUUGGCCGGCGCUGCUAGUGCCGCCAUUUUCAACACCUGGAGACGAUUCAGCGCCCAGGUUCUCUACGUCGCCACCCCCAUGGUUUUCUUCUACUACGCCAUGGACUGGGCCAUCCACCGCAACCACUACCUGAACUCCAAGCAGGGUCGUGCCGAGUUUGCAGAGGAGGAAUAA